UCCUCUCUGGAGCGCCUUUUUUUUUUUUAAAUUUCCACGGACUAUCCAACUCGUCUUCCCUCUUGGAGUGGGAGCGUGUGUGUGUGUGUGUGUGUGUGUGUGUGUGUGCGCGCGCAGGGGGGUGGUGGGUUCCUCCAGUCGGACCACUUGGACUAUACCGGACCCGGGACUGGACCUUCUUUCCCCCCCCCCCCCAACCCCCCGUGUUGGCGUGGAUGUGGCGCCGCUGCUGCAUGAUCUCGCCAUGGAGCUGCUGCUGGUGUGCGUCUCGCUGUGGGUGUUGCAGUGCAAGCCGGCUGAGGCGGACUCCAUCAUACACAUCGGUGCCAUAUUCGAGGAGAACGCGGUGAGGGAUGACGAAAUAUUCCAACUCGCCAUUUCGGACCUGGCCCUCAACGACGACAUCCUGCAGAGCGAGAAGAUCACCCACUCUGUCAAACUGAUCGAGCCCAAUAACCCCUUCCAGGCCGUGCAGGAAGGUAGGAGCUGCUAAUUGUUGUUGUUGUUGUUGGUGGGCACUGGGUGUGUGUCGCACCCCUUUACCUGGAGGGAAGGAAGGAGGUUUUGAAGUCAGAGACGCAGUCAGGAAGGGCGGCGGAAAGGAGUAGUUUCUCUGAAAUGAGUGAGGUGCUACAACUGCAGGACAGAAGGAAGGGGGGUU